AUGAUAGAAAAUUCUCGCUUCAGUGGUAAACUUAGGGUGAAAAGAGACAAACUAUUCAUCAAUCGAGAACUAUUUCAAUCGUUUUACAGUGAAUCAAUUUCAAUGACAAUUAAAGAAAUUAAAGAUAUUUUGAAGCAUGACAGAUGUCGUGACGUAUCAGCUGUUAUGUUGGUUGGGGGGUUUUCAGAAUGUCCGAUGUUACAGAAAGCUAUUAAAGACGCGUUAGAAUUAGAGGUUUUCAUUCCAGUUGAAGGUGGAUUAUCUGUGUUAAAGGGGGCUGUAAUCUAUGGUCAUGAUUCUUCUAUAGUAACAUCUAGAGUGUGUAAUUAUACGUAUGGCGUCAGCAUAAGCCUUCCUUUCAAGGAAGGAGAGCACCGAAGGGAAAAAUAUUAUAGAUGGGAUAAUGAAGACUGGUGUAAACACCUUUUUCAUGUUUGUUUUGUUGAGGGUCAAGACGUUCGUGUGGGGGAUAAAGGUAUGAUUGAGAUUAAUAAUACUUUUGAAAGUGAAGAUUCCAAAACUAAAAGAACGGAACCUUUUACUGUUGAAAUUUAUAUUUCUGAUGACAAAACGCCAAUGUAUGUUACAGACGAAGGAUGCAACUUACAUGCAAAAAUUCAUAUCGACCCCCCUAAUGGAAUAUGGCCUGUGCAUGCCUUUGGAUGGGUAGAACUUGAAAUCGCUGGCACCGAAAUGAUAGGAACUUACGUGAACGCAAAAACAAAGGACCGAAUAUCAACGAGGUUUGAAUUCCUUCCAACGGGUUAUAAAACAUUAAAAGGAGAACGUGAAAGAAUGCAUGCAAUGGAUUGA